AUGUGGGCCCCCCCGAACUGGAGCAGCUCGCAGGCAGCAGCAGCAACGCCUGCUGCUGCUGCUGCUGCUGCUGCUGCUGCGAAGUCGCCACGCCUCAAUCCUGCAGAGAGCCUGCAGGACGAGUCCGCGUGGCUCGACGCCAGCAGCACGAGCAGCAGCAGCAGUGGCAGCAGCGACAGCAGCUCCAGCGGCGCCAGCAGCAGCAGCUGCUGCAGCAGCAGCAUGUCUUCGUUCGAAUCUUUUGCGAAACAGCUAGCAGCAGCAGAGCAGCAGGGAGGGGCCCCCCACCCGGAAGACAGAGAGGGGCCCCCGGGCAGCGAGGCCGCCGCCGACGCGGAGCAGCCUGAAGCAGCAGCAGCAGCAGCAAAAGCAGCAGCAAGCCCAGCAGCAGCAGCAGAGCCAGCAGCGGGAGACGCGUCGAGUCGCGUAGCAGAUAGUCAGGCUUCAGACUCCAAUCCUUCGCAGCCUGGGCGGCGCCGCCGCGGGGGCCCCAGCAGGAGGGGCAGCGAGACGGACAGCAGCAGCACGAGCAGCAGCACGAGCAGCAGCACGAGCGGCAGCAGCAGCAGCAGCUACUGCAACAGCAGCACAGGGAGCAGCAGCAGCAGCAGCACAUGCAGCAGCGGGGUGGGGCCCCCCCAAAGGCUUCCAGCCGAGGUGGGGGAGGCCGAGAGCUGCGGGGGCUCUGAGGGUUUAGAACGAGAAGCCUCGCUGGAGGGGCCCCCGGGGGGCCCUCCAGGGGGGCCCCCCGGGGGGCCCCCCAGGGGGCCCCCGGGGGCCCCCAGAGAGCCCGGGGGCCCCUCGACGCCCCUUUCUGGAGGGUCUGAAGAAGCAGCAAGAGGGGCCCUUGUGCGUAGAAGGGGCAGGGGGAGGCCCCGCCUCCGGGGGGCAGGGGGAGCCCCCAGGGUACUGGCCCCCAAGUGGGGGGCCCCCCGAGGGGGGGGCCCCCCGGGGCCCCCCUCCCGUAGCGGAGUUCGGCGCUCCCAGAGAUUUGCCUCUGGGGACGCGGAAGGGGGCGGCGCCUGA